AUGGCACCAAAUCUUCCAAUUUCCUCUACAAUAUUACCAGCUCGAAAACUUUCAAGUAUUCAAUUACCUUCUAGGAAUGUAACUCCUUUGCAGCAAGUGAAAAUAUCUUCGAAAAUAAUAUCUACUGAACAAGCAGUAAAAAUAAUAUCGUGGAUUAAUGAAAGGACCUCCUACAGUACUUCAGAGUAUUCCUAUGAAUUCGAUUUAAUUCUAGCAUCUGACGCAUCUGACGCUCAUAGUUUUUUCGGUUACUUUUGGGACUUAUGUGUCAAAAAA